AUGGUAUCCCGGGGCCAGGCUCACCCGGGCCCCCAGUACGUGGGCAUCCGGGACUUCGAGGCCUGGACGGUUGAGGAGCUGAGCUGCUGGGCAGGGGGUCUGUUCCACGUGGCCGGGAAGGAGGAGGAGGGGUGCCACCUGGCCGAGAAGGAGACGUUGGGGCGGAACCCCACCAUCCUGGUCCCGGGAGACCUGACUAGGCUUUCGCGGUGGGACAUCUGUGGGUGGUUCUUUGGGCGCACCUCGCGCUCGGAAGCUCUGCAUCGGCUGCAGGCCGAGGGCGUCGAGCCAGGGGCCUUCCUGGUCAGGGUCAGUGAGAAGCCGGGCGCUGCGUUCUCGCAGGCCGUGAGGCAUCACAGGAUCUGGCGGCGCGAUGGCCGGCUGCACCUCAGCGAGGCUGCAUCCUUCCCCGGCCUGGCUGAGCUCCUGGAGCACCACAAAGCCCAGAGCCUGCCCCACGACCUGCGGCUGACCGUGCCCUGCUGGAAGGAGCCCAAGCCCCUGCCCCACUGUGAAGACUGGGAGAGACCGCGGGAGUUCACGCUCUGCAGGAAGCUGGGGUCCGGGUACUUUGGGGAGGUCUUCGAAGGCCUCUGGAAAGACCGCGUCUGAGUGGCUAUUAAGGUGAUUGCUCAAGAUGACCUCCUGCACCAGCACACGUUCCAGUCGGAGAUCCAGGCCAUGAAGAAGCCGCACCUGGUGUACAUCGUCACAGAACUUGUGCCCAGGGGGAGCCUGCGGGACCUGCUAUGGGCCCGGCGGGACGCAGAGCCCCUCUGACUGCCGCUCUCCAGCCCCGCAGACAUCCCUGCCCGUCUCGGAGCUGGUAGACUUUGCUCACAGGUGGCUGAGGGCAUGUGCUACUUGCAGUCACAGAAUUACAUCCACUGGGACCUGGCUGCCAGGAACAUCCUUGUGGGGGCCAACAACAUCUGCGAAGUGGGGGUAGCCAGGCUCAUCAAGGAGGACAUCUACCUUUCCCACGACCACAACAUCCCCUACAAGUGGACCGCCUCCGAGGCCCUCUUCCGAGGGCUUUACUCCAUCAAACCUGACAUCUGGUCCUUCGGGAUUCUUCUCCAUGAGAUUUUCAGCAGGGGUCAGAUGCUCUAUCCAGGCAUGUCUAACCACGAGGCCUUCCUGAGGGUGAACUCAGGCUACCGCAUGCCCUACCCCCUGGAGUGCCCACCCGCCGCACACAGGCUCUGCUUCAAAGGCAUGCAGAAGCUCUCCAGUAUCAGCAGGUACGAGAACCCCCCCUGAGUGCGACACCCUCUCUGUAGCGGCCACGGAGGCCAC